ACACCUUAUCUAUCAAAAGUCAAAACACUCUUAUCUUCUUUUGGGCAGAGAGGCUUCACGCUUGAGUAGCCAUGGCCUCCUUAAGCUGCCAGGUUCAUUCCACCAACUUGUUGAAUUCUAAGAAUGCCAAUAGCAGGAGGAAACGUUUAAUUUCUUGCUCAGCACAGCCUACACAAAACAAUAUUAAGGUAGUGAUUAAUGGAGCAACCAAGGAAAUAGGAAAGGCAGCAGUAGUGGCAGUGACUAAGGCCAGAGGAAUGGAGGUAGCAGGAGCGGUGGAUACUUGUCAUAUCGGGGAAGACAUUGGAAAGAUAUGUGGCAUGGAAGAGCUCCUUGAAAUACCCAUCAUAAAUGACCUUACUAUGAUUUUGGGCUCCAUAUCUCAGUCCAAGGCAGCAGGAGUUGUAGUGGAUUUCACUGACCCUUCCUCUGUAUAUGACAACGUGAAACAGGCAACAGCAUUUGGCAUGAAAAGCAUAGUUUACGUGCCCCGAAUCAAAUUAGACACGGUAGCUGCAUUAUCUGCAUUCUGCGAGAAGGCCAGCAUGGGCGUCUUGGUUGCACCAACCCUUUCCAUAGGAUCAAUAUUAUUGCAACAAGCUGCGAUUUCAGCUUCUUUCCAUUACAGCAACGUCGAAAUUGUGGAAUCUAGGGCCAAUGCAAAUGAUCUUCCAUCAGCAGAUGCAAACCAAAUUGCCAACAAUCUCUCCAACUUGGGUCAAAUCUAUAACAGAGAAGACCCUUCAACAGAUGUCUUGGCAAGGGGUCAAGUCCUAGGAGAUGGAAUUCGUGUACACAGCAUGGUCCUUCCAGGACUUCCUUCUAGUACAACAGUUCACUUCUCUGGUCCAGGAGAGGUGUACUCUAUCAAGCAUGAUAUCACAGAUGUGAAGUGUCUCAUGCCAGGCUUGCUAUUAGCCAUUAGAAAAGUAGUGCGCCUCAAGAAUUUGGUAUAUGGCUUGGAGAAGUUCAUAUGAAAAUAGUCCCCCUCUUCAAUCUUCUUGUCAAAAACUUUAACUUGGUUGAACUCAAGGGACCUUGCACACCAGUUUGUUGGCAAACAUCAUGUAGAAUGUUUGAAAAGAAGUAACAAAAGAAAAACACAUCGUCCCCAAAUUGCUUUUUAGCGGCCCAAUUAUUCAAUCAUGUUUAGCACCUGAACUGUGAUUUGAUGAUUUUAUUUUUUUUAGAAUAAAUUAUUUUGUAUAUCCAAUUAGAAUUCAGAUCUCAUGAUGUCUAGACAGUGUACCCAAUUUAGUUUUCAAGACAUACAACUCUCAAAGUAUGUAGUUUAAGGCACAAUCUCUUGUUAAUUAAAGUUCACAGCUCAUCUGACCAAAUUA